AUCCAAUAAAUACCUGCAGCAGUAUUAUAGUACACAUAUGUAUUUAAAUGUGUAGCUGUGAUCAUCAUUUAGAGAACUCAUGAAUGAGAAUAUAUUGUCUGAAGUGAAUUUAAUACAAAUCCAGAAACUUCACAAACUAUUAUUUUUAUUUUGAUCAAUGGCAGGAGGGAUCCUUGUUGCAAUGGCGUCGACCAAUGAGAGCGGAGCGCGCCAGGACCAGACGGUUCCUGGUGGUGAGGAGGAGGAGGAGGACGAGGAGGGGAGGAUCGUCAGAGGGAUCCAGUCUCAAUACCUCCGCUGUGCGUCACCCAGUUUCUCCAUGGCUUCAGAGUCCAGGUUCUCCGUGAUCUCCGGCUCCGACGCCGCGAGCAUCUUCAUGGAGCCCAUGCACCUCUCGUCAGCCAUCGCUGCCAAGAAGAUCAUCAGCGAGGAGCUGCCGCCUCGCAGCGUGCAGGCCGAGUCUGUCCCCGAGUCCAUGCUGGAGACGGCCGAUCAGCUGAUGGUGGAGGACCUCUACAACCGCGUCAAGGACAUGAUCGACGACCGCAGCCCCUACAACACCCCCUGUGUGCUGGAUAUCCAGAGGGCCAUGGUGCAGGACCGCCUGGAGGCCCCCCUCAACCCCGUGGACGAGGUGUGGCCCAACGUCUUCAUAGCCGAGAAAUCUGUUGCGGUGAACAAGGCUCGCCUGAAGCGAAUGGGCAUCACCCACAUCCUGAACGCGGCCCACGGCACGGGGGUGUACACGGGCCAGUCCUUCUACGGCGGCAUGAGCCUCCAGUACUCGGGCAUCGAGGUGGACGACUUCCCCGACUCCGACAUCUCGCCGCACUUCCGGCCCACCGCCGAGUUCUUGGACGACGCUCUGCUGACACACAAGGGAAAGGUUCUGGUUGUGUCCAUGAUGGGCGUGAGCCGCUCUGCUGUCCUGGUGGCGUCCUACCUGAUGAUCUUCCAGCACAUGACCGUCAUGGAGGCCCUGACCUCCAUGAGGAAGAAGCGCGCCAUCAACCCCAACGAGGGCUUCCUGAAGCAGCUGCGGAAUCUCAACGAGACCCUGAUGGAGGAGCGCGACGACGACGACGAUACGCUCAGCCAGUGCUCCGUCAUCGAUGCACGCGGUUGCGCUCGCAUCUUCGGCGAAGACGAGGACGAGGAUGAUACGGAUAGAGAGGAAGAGCGGAGCAUGAUCGAGGUGAAAGCGCGCUCCAUCGUGAUGGAGGAGGAGGAGGACGGAGAGAGCGUGAUGAGCAGCGUCGCCUCCUCUGCGGCUGCCGCGGUGCUCCGGAGUGGAUUGACUGGCGCACCGAUCGACCAGAGGCCGAGUCAGGAAGAGGUUGUCCUGCCGGAGACGGAGGGCGGAGAGGAUAGAGAGGACGAGGACGGCCUCGACAGCAUGAUCCGCGAGUGGCAGAGGAGGAACGAGAAAUACCAGGAUGACGACUGGUGGGAGGCGCAGCUGAACAGCGACGGAGAGGACGUGGAAUCCGUCGGCCAGGGACAACCAAAGAAGAUGUCCGAUGUGGAGAGCGUCACUAGCGAGGACGUGCGCGCCGUGAAAGAGCGGUUGAAGCGCCGCGGCAGACGUCCGGCCUCGGACGUGAUGUCCACCUCCAGCUGCACAAGUUACUCCGAUCUCUGGAAACAGCGGCUGAGGGAAAUCGAGGAACAAGCCGCCGCUCGCUACCGCAAGAAAGAGGACGAGGACGGCAGCGAGAGCACCACCUCAGAAGGUGGAGAAGGAGCAAAGAAGAAGAUUGAUGACGAGGUGGAGAGCCUCCUCUCCGACACCAGCUCCAUGUACAACUUCUGCCAGAAGAACAAGGAGAAGAUGACGCCUUUGGAGCGCUGGCGUGUCAAGAGGAUCCAGUUUGGUUGGAACAAGAAGGAUCGAGAGGACGGAGACAAAAGUUGUGUGGGAGAUGGAGAGCAAGGCGACGGAAAGGGAGAAGCCAAGAUGCCGUCCUAUCAGGAUGUCAACCUGACGGCGUAUCAGACGUGGAUGCUGAGGCAGCAGAGGCGCCUCGGGGAGGAAAACACGGAGGAGAUCGUGGAGAUGAGUCGGGGCGAGGACUCGGCGACAGUCAAGCGGAGGCAGAGACGCGAGGAGAUCCUGGAGCGCUCGAAGAAAACACUGGAGGAGAGUCAGUCCAUGUGUGGCUUGGACGACGAGAGCAGCGUCAGUGGCGGUACAAUACCUCUCUCCGCCUUCUGGGCCGGAGCCGGAGUCACGGGCCUGCCGAGUGUCACCAACGACGACAACAUGUCCAUGCUCAGCGGCAGGUCAUCCGUCAUAUCCUCGGUUUCACAGGCUCGCAGUACGAGAUCUGUGAAUCCCAUCGCAUCGCUUCCUCCCAUCCUCCCGGUUCCCACGGUCCAGGGCCCCGGAGGAGAACCCAUGGUCAAUCUAGCCAGCAUCCAAAACUGGAUCGCCAACGUCGUCUCCGAAACGAUCAAGCAGAAGCAGACCGAGAUGAGCCUGCCUCCUCCGUCGCACGCCGGAUCGGAGCUCGGCUUCAGCCUGAUUUCGGGCCGCGGCAUGGACGACGACAGAGCCUCCCUGCUGAGCGGCGCUUCCUAUUCCAGCGUGCUGUCGCCGGGUCGAGGCGGGGCGGCGUCGGUCCUCUCCGGCACCGGGUCGAGCGCCAUCUCCGGUCUCACCGGGAGAAACUCUGCUCUGGGAUCCAGGAAAAACAAGAUCACCACCACCAGCGUGCCUCUUUUCAGCCUCUUCCAAGACCAGGUCAACAUGGGCAAGCUGGACGCCAUGGACAAGGAGAUCAAGUCCGAGAUGAGGGGCAAGAUGGCCGUCUACGAGAAGAAGAAGAUCCUGGAGGACAACAAGCGCAGCACGCUGUACAAGAAGAAGAAACCAAAGGAGGACGAAGACGAGAAGGAGAAGAGGAAGAACAGAGAGGAGGAGUUUCUGGAGGAAGCAAAGAAAAAGGAGAAACCUGCGAGGACUUUUGGGCUCUCUGGGUGUCUCAAUCUCAACCCGGCGCUGGAGAAAGAUAAGAACACCAGCGUGGACGACUGGCUGACGAGCGUCCGGCCUCCUCCGAGGAAACCGGCCUCCGGGGUCGACGCCGGCCCGGCGGAGGACCCCUACGAGGACCUCGACGCCUCCGCUUCCGAAUUCGACUUCUCCAGCCGCAGGGCGUCCUACGCCCUCGACGAAGACGACGAGGAAACUCGCAGCGUUUCCUCCAGAUACAGAUCGCGGCUCCGUGAGCAUCCAUCAAGCGAAGACAACGGGUUCACGGGGUCCCACGGCUACAGGAGGUCGUACGGUGCCCAAGACGAGGGUGACGAGGCCGCGGAGAGCUUCCGCGACCUCGCCGCAAAGAGGAAGUUCGCCCAUCGUUCGCGGUACGAAAGCAGCGAGACGGAAGGGAGGAGGAGUCUGCGGGAGGAAGCCAGCAACGAGGAGGAGGAGGAGGAUGACAUCACCACCUUCAUUGCCCAAACCAGGCAGAGGGUCCGAGCUCGGGCCGCCGCCGAGGCCGAAGACGACGAGGUGCUGGUGGCUUGGAGGGCGCAGCAGGAAGCGAAAUCACAGAGCAGAAGUGAACCAUAGGAGAUUUGAGAGAUCUGAACUCAUCGUGGACUUUAAAUCUGAGGAUAAUAUGAAAUAGCAAAGAUCUAUUAGAAACACAUAGUGGCCGACUGGACAGCUGAUGAGGACUGAUGCCUUGGCCAACCAUUUGAAAUCUUCCUCCUUUUCAUCUUAGUUGCAAUGCUACAAAUAAAGAACCUUAAGUUUUACAAAUCCACACAUUUAUUCCCUUUUUCUUUCUUUACCUUCUCUCUUGUCUCACACGUCCUCUCCAUAGUAGUGUUCUGUUCUUUUGUUUUUCCAGAAGAUAUUUGUUCCCGUUUGGUUGCCCCUAGUAGAUCUGAUUAUAGAGGCGAGCACACAUCGCACUUAAAAUCCUUAAAUGUCGACUGUGAUUAUUGUUCAAGAAACACUAAUAACUGUAAAAGUAGGCGUCGCUGUUUUUGUGGAUUUCUGUAUUUGGACAAAAGAAAACCGACAUCAGUCAGUAAAAUAUGCACUUUUGCCUUCUUGUCUCUGUAAUUAACACAACUAGUUUAUUAUGUCGUUUAUUAGGGUUUGUUUGCUCCACCGUUGAAUGUAAAACUGAUUGUGAAGCACAUUUAAUACAUAUUUUCAUAAAAGAUGACGUGAGACGAGUCAUUUGUUUCUUUAUUUUAUUAUUGCAAUAAAUGUUCUGACAAAUGACGACUCAUGGGCUUUUAUUAUUAUUAUUUAAUUUAAUAAAUAUUUUAUUAAAUAUAGGAUUAAAUAGAUACCCAAUAACAAACAACUCAGACCAGACAAACUGAUUAUUAGUAAUAUAACUAUUAUCAUGAUGAUGAUUAUUAUUAUUGUUUUGAUAAAUGAAUAGAUAAAUGAUAUUAAACAUUAAAUUAUAUGUAAGAUUAUAAGACAAUGAACCUGUUAUUCCUGCUUUUAUAUAACAUCUGUUUUUUAUUUCUUGUAUAACAAGAGAAGAAGAGCAUUUCCUGGAAAACAAAUGACUCGUAGUUCUACUGAUUCUGGUCUGAUGAUUAUGAAAGAAGUAUUUCUAUAUUUGUGGAUGAUCAUCACUCUUACAUCUACGUCAUACCUCCAUCUAUGGGACACUAUAGGUAGUGCUGCAGAUAUACUUUCAGAUAAAGAUGUUUGAGAUUUAUAGAUAAUUAUCGUCUUAAUAAAUCAUUCAGAAUAAAUCAUAAAACAUAUAUUUGUGUUCGCCGUUCCUCAGCUCUUGAUUGUGUUUCUCACUUUGUUUCCUGGCAGUAAUGGUGACAUAAUGUAAUACUCACUGCAGCUUAUGAGCAGCUUUACGC